GCAAAAAUUUCUUUCAAAUCCGUUGACAGUCACUCUCAUUUCAUAACGCACUGUCAAGCCCUAAAUAUAGCCGAAGCAAAUUCUCCCAAGUUAUCAAACACAAAAGUAAACAGGAAUCAAUGGCGUCAUCUAAAAAUUCAGCGGAGGCAACGCCGCCGUGGCCCGAAUUGCCGCGUGAGAUCACGGCAACGAUUUUACACAAAUUGGGAACAUUUGAGAUACUAACGAGCGCACAGAAAGUGUGUACUACCUGGCGGAGUGUGUGCCAGGACGUGACCAUGUGGCGGGUCAUCGACAUGCGCAAUUUAGGCGAUCUCUGGCCAACGCCUUACGACCUUGUAAAGAUGUGCCGCCACGCAGUGGAUCGCAGCAAAGGCCAAUUGGAAGAUAUCAAUAUUGAGUAUUUUGGUACCGAUGAUUUGCUUACCUACAUUUCUCAGAGCUCCAAUCAGCUCAGACGGCUUCGAAUUGUAUUUUGCUAUAAUAUAACAUGUGAAGGUCUGGUUGAAGCAAUUAAAAGUUUCCCAUUAUUGGAGGAGUUGCAUUUAUAUUACAUUUACAUUGACAAAGAAGCUAUCGAAGUUAUUGGAUGUUCUUGCCCACUGUUAAAGUCUUUUAAACUGAACAACCAAGGAUCUUUAUGCCCGGAUGUUGAGUGUGAUCUGGAGGCCCUAGCAGUAGCAAAGAACAUGCCCAACUUGCACCACCUUCAACUUUUUGGAAAUAAGAUGACAAAUGAAGGCUUGCUGGCCAUUCUGGAUGGCUGUCCUCUUUUGGAAUCACUUGAUCUACGCCAAUGUUUUAAUGUUUCCCUCGGAGGAGAUUUAGGAAGAUUGUGUUCUCAACGGAUUAAAGAUCUGAAGCGGCCCUUUGACUCAACUGAUGAUUAUGGAUUUAAUGCUGAAAUUGAUGAUUGGGAGUCGUUUGAUGAGGAUGACCUAUCUGGAUUUUCUGACAUUGACAUGGUGUCCGAUUAUGAUGAUUAUUUUGAGUUCUCUGAUGGCAGCGGUGCUUCAUAUUAUGAAGAUGAAGAAGACGUGUUCAUUGACUGAGGGUAAAGAUUAAAGAAAGCAUGAUACCUGAUAUCUUCUCCCACCGAAGAUCUUUAUUGGUAAUAUCUAAGUUAUAGCAGCUUUUGAGUAACAGAUCUUGUUCUUUCUCUUAGGCUACUGGGAAGGUUUUGUUCCUGUUGUGGUUGCUGGUCAUCAGAGUGGUUUGCUGCAUUUCACUUUAUGGGCACCUUCGGUACAAGGUGUUGCACGGGCCUGGAUACUCUAAAUAGUUGACAUUUUAAGUUUCUAUUUCUUGUUUAACGCGGUCCGAUAUUAUCGUAUUCAGUUUUCAUCUUGGUAAACAUUUCAUUUCUUU